UAGUACGUAGAGCUGAAGACCCACGGCGGGGCAACUGUGGACGUUGGGUGCCUUCUGGUGCGAAGGGACAGCUGCUGGGCAGCGCACGCACGCAACAUUUUGGCGGGAAAGCGCGAUCUUCUCCGACAUGUCCACGGUGUGAUCUAGUCCGCGCACAGGGAUACCAUCCAUCCUGGGUGACUCGCCGCAUCGCGGUGGUGCCGCCUGGUCCCGCCAUCUUCACGUCACAUCUCGACAUGGUACGUUUCGAAAUGGCGGCCUCCGAUUGGUCCAUUUUGUCCGUCAAGUCAACUUCCAACCACACACAGCUCACAAUUGGCAGAUCACGCAUGACCACGGACGCGACGACCCCGCCAUUCUCUCUCGACAAGCCGCGCUACGACCAGAGCACGUACUUUGGGCGGUGGAAGCACUUCAGCGAGCUCGUCUCGCCCAGUUCGUUCUUGUUGUCCGACGAUGAAAUCACCAAGUCCAAAGACCUGAUCGACAACGUCAAGAGCGGGAAGGUCGCCCCGGGACAAGUACCCGAUGCGGAUCUCUGGAAAGCCCGUCGAAUUGUCGAAACGGUGUUUCAUCCGCAAACGGGGGAGAAGCUCCCCGCGUUGUUCCGCAUGCCUGCCUUUGUGCCUGUGAACAUCCCGAUUUGCUCGGGCAUGAUUUUGGCGCCCCCCACGUUGUUCAACACGGUGUUUUGGCAAUGGAUCAACCAGAGCUACAACGCGGGGUUCAACUACGCCAACCGCAACGCAAGCGGCGUCGACGACACCACUGCCAUCGCCAAGGCUUAUGCAAGCGCCGUCGCGAUUUCGUGUGCCACCUCCGUGGGUCUCGGUAAGGCCGUGGAACAUGCGUCCUUCCUCGCCCCGACUGUCCGCUCCGUUUUGUCCAAGACUGUUCCGUUCGUUGCUGUGGCUGCCGCUGGUGCAGGGAAUGCCGUGUUCAUGCGCUUGAACGAACUCACCGAUGGGAUUGACAUCCUGGAUGAUGAAGGAGUGCCACGCGGCCGAUCCCAGGAAGCCGGGAAGCAAUCGCUGACCCAAGUGGCAUUGACUCGCGUGGCCCUGCCCAUGCCGAUCUUGCUGUUCCCGCCGUUCAUUCUUGAAGUCAUGAAGACCGCCAAGGCGCUCCCAAAGAACCGCUUUGGUCGUGUGUUUACCGAAAUUAGUGUCGUGACUUUGUGCAUCUGGGGUGCAUUCCCCGCGGCGAUUGCGCUGUUCCCUCAGUACGGAUCGAUCCCGGCGACCCAAGUGGAGCCUCAAUUCCGCGGCCUCAAGAACUCCAAGGGGCAGCCCAUCACCGAGUUCACGUACAACAAAGGCAUUUAAGCGAACAGUGUCGAUGAGGAAUGGCAAUUCCGCUGGGAAAAUAAAUACACCUCACUUAUCUUGUUGUUUGUAAGUGAGUCAAACUCUUCCAAUUAUAUGUCGACGUUGUCCGCAUAAUUUCAGAUGUUAUCCG